AGGAGAGAAACGAGGAGGAAAUACAAAGAGCAGAGAGCUGCAGGAGCAGCCAGCUCCCUCUGUCUGACCACAGGAAUCGGCCAAUUCCCUUCCCAUUUAUCUUUAUCCCUAAGCUCCAAGGUGCGAUACCAAUUUUUGCUAGGAGACUGGUAAGAACAUCAGAAGAGGCAGCUGCUGGAUCAGGCCAAUGGCCCAUCUAGCCCCGCACCCUGUUCUCACACUGGCCAACCAAACGCCCUCUUGUGGUUUCCAGCAAUUGGUAUUCAGACGCGUUGCUGCCUUUGAAGGUGGUGGCGGAGCAGAGCCCUUGUGCCUGGUAGCUAUGGAGGGCCUUCUCCUCCAUGAAUUUGUCUGGUCGCCUUAAAGCCACCCAGGCUGGUGGCCACCGCUGCCUCCUGUGGACAUGGGUCCCAUAGUUUAACUAUGUGUUGUGUGAAGAAGGACUUUCUUUUAUCUUCCAAGGUUCAGCUUCACUGGAUGUCUGAGUUCUCGUGUGAUGAGAGAGGGAAAACAUGGGAAGACUCUUGAACCCUCUGACUCUGUCUACUGACCAGCACCAGCUCUCCAGGGCUUCAGGGAGAAGCCUUUCCCAGCCCUGACGAUGCCAGGAAUUGAAUGUGGAACUUCUGCAUGCAAAGCAGGUCUUCUGCCUCUGAGCUAUGGUCCUUCCCCUUAAGAAUAAGGUAAGAGUCCAGUCCUUGUUGCUCCAGGGCUGGUUUAACUGGGAACCCUCAGCAGUGGUCCACUUUGCUCAAUACUGUCUAUACUGACUGGUCGCAGCACUCCAAGGUUUGGGGCAGGACUCCUUCCCAGCCCUACCUGGAGGUGCCAUCUGGAACUGGGACUUUUUCAUGUGGAAAGUGGCUGCUCUGUCACUUUGCUCAGCCUGCAAGGCUCAGAGAAGUGGGGGGGGGGAUGCUGAUGAAGAAGAAAUCAGAAUUUUCUCUUUGGGGCUCAGGUCCACUUCGUUUCAUGAAGUUAUAUCCAGUGAAGUUAUACCCUUCUGUCUUUGAAAGCUUCUGCCACCAUAAAUGUGUCAAGUCUUUCUAAAAGUACCAUAAAAAGGUAAAAUAAAAAGGGCCCCACCCAUGAGAUAGGCUUGCUGCGACAGUCCAGAGAUGAGCAGAGUGGUUGUGGAAGGAGACUUUGUAAGGUGCAUGAAAGUCCAUCUUUAAAAAGGGUCAGGAAGGAAGUGGCAUGGAAGGUCCCUGCCUAAGAUCAUGGAGAGCUGCUGUCAGUCAAAGUAGACAAUACUGGGUGAGAUGGACAUAUAGCAUGACCUGGUAUCUAAGGCAGCUGCCCGUGUUACCCCUUUCCAUUGACAAAAAAUAGGAUCAGAAUACCAGGCACCUUACAAGGUGGCUAGUUGAGCCCUUCCAUGAGGCUGCAGAGUAGAGAGAGGGAAGGGAAACAGGGAUGUUCUGUUGAGAUACCAGUUGCCUUUGGCUGUGCCUCAAUUAAUACACAGCAGCAACCAUCCCAUCAGACUAUCUGAACAGUUUCCAUCCCAGCUGGUUAUUAUAACAACCUGUAACUUGCCCCUGAGUUUACUUUUGUUUUUAUCUCCUCCCUCCCUAUCCCUUUUUCCUUUUGCUCUGAGACAGUCUUCUCCUGUUUAUAUUGAUAAGCAAACCAAUCUAGGAGCAGUGGCGAAGCCGCAUGGUCCACUAUGGGGGGGGGCGGAGAGCAGGCGGGGGCAUGGCGUGCAUCCUGGGAGCGUGGCACACGUUCUGGGGGCGUGGCGCCUGGUGUGCAGAUGUGCACGGCACGUGUCUGGGGGGGGCAUCACGAUGGCACCCUACCAGAAUAGUGGUAGUGCUCCCUCCGCACCCCCGUUCCUCCGCCAGUGUCUAGGAAACUUUUUAGCUGCUAAAAUGUUAAGAUAACAUAAGUAUUGCUGGGAUAAUGCAAACAUGCCAGAUCCUGUCCAUUCCAAAUCCCCUCAGAAAUUGUGGGGAACAAAAGAUGAUUUGCAGGGUGGUGGGGAGUUCACCUGUUUCUGGUGGUAAAGCCACCUUAGGUUAAAAAUCCUGGCUGCUGGGAUGAAAAUAGGUGUAAAAACCAGCAGAGAGUGAAACAGAAGCCAACAGAAGGAAGCAGCAGGAACCUUGUAUAUAAAAGAAAUACGCAACACAUAGCACUUUAUGGGGUAUUUUGAGAGGGCAAGAGCUGCUAGUGACUAAAGGCCUUGAAUGACGUGCAUUUUCUCCAGCCCUCUGAGAACUAAUUACUGGAUUGACCUUGAUGGCUCUUUCAAAACAGCUUUCUGGUGUUGUGGCUGAACUUCACUAGCUUUGUGGAAUAGUGUCUGUUGAACAGGUGUUUGAGAGCUUAUGAGCAGCUGGAUGGGGGGGCAGGGUGUGGGAGAGAACCCACCGAGGCAGUGGGAGUGCAGCCAGGUAAUCUUACAUCCUGGGCCCCUUUAGAAGGCAUGCACAUUGCUGCAGUUGUGAAGCACACAAUUAUCAUUUGUCUUCUCCCCCUCCACACUUCACAGCUGCUUCUACAUUCCUGAUACAUUAGAGCAAACAAAGACAGUUUUCGAAUGCUGAUAAAAAAGGAAAUAGUUUGAGCGUGUGGUGUGUGUGCAUGAGCAGGAGGAAUUGGAGGUGCACAAGAAAGGUCUGUGUUAGUGAGUCUGUUAUGGCUGUUACAUAGUUGUUGGCACCUGUCUGUCUUGGACUUCACUCCAGGGGUGAAGUCAAACCACUGCGUCAGCAGCACUCAAGUGACCUCCCUGGGGCGCAAGCCUGAGCAGUGUGGAUGGAGGUCUUGGGCUGCCCAGAUGACCAGAUCCCCCCCCCCGCCUUGCUGAUGUGGUCCAAUUCCAAAGAAGGGCAGUGCCAAAGAAUGCUCCAACUACCGCACAAUUGCACUCAUUUCACAUGCUAGCAAGGUUAUGCUUAAAAUUCUACAAGGUAGGCUCAAGCAGUAUGUGGACCGAGAACUCCCAGAAGUGCAAGCUGGAUUUCGAAGGGGCAGAGAAGCCAGAGACCAAAUUGCAAACAUGCGCUGGAUUAUGGAGAAAGCUAGAGAGUUCCAGAAAGACAUCUACUUCUCCUUCAUUGACUAUGCAAAAGCCUUUGACUGUGUUGACCACAGCAAACUAUGGCAAGUUCUUAAAGAAAUAGGAGUGCCUGAUCACUUCAUCUGUCUCCUGAGAAAUCUCUGUGUGGGACAAGAAGCUACAGUUAGAACUGGAUAUGGAACAACUGAUUGGUUCAAAAUUGGGAAAGGAGUAUGACAAGGCUGUAUAGUGUCUCCCUGCUUAUUUAACUUAUAUGCAGAAUUCAUCAUGCGAAAGGCUGGGCAGGAUGAAUCCCAAGCCGGAAUUAAGAUUGCCAGAAGAAAUAUCAACAACCUCAGAUAUGCAGAUGACACAACCUUGAUGGCAGAAAGUGAGGAGGAAUUAAAGAACCUUUUAAUGAGGGUGAAAGAGGAGAGCGCAAAAUAUGGUUUGAAGCUCAACAUCAAAAAAACGAAGAUCAUGGCCACAGGUCCCAUCACCUCCUGGCAAAUAGAAGGGGAAGAAAUGGAGGCAGUGAGAGAUUUUACUUUCUUGGGCUCCAUGAUCACUGCAGAUGGUGACAGCAGUCACAAAAUUAAAAGAUGCCUGCUUCUUGGGAGAAAAGCAAUGACAAACGUAGACAGCAUCUUAAAAAGCAGAGACAUCACCUUGCCAACAAAGGUCCGUAUAGUAAAAGCUAUGGUUUUCCCAGUAGUGAUGUAUGGAAGUGAGAGCUGGAUCGCCGAAGAAUGGAUGCUUUUGAAUUCUGGUGCUGGAGGAGACUCUUGAGAGUCCCAUGGACUGCAAGAAGAUCAAACCUCUCCAUUCUGAAGGAAAUCAGCCCUGAGUGCUCACUGGAAGGACAGAUCAUGAAGCUGAGGCUCCAAUACUUUGGCCACCUCAUGAGAAGAGAAGACUCCCUGGAAAAGACCCUGAUGUUGGGAAAGAUGGAGGGCACAAGGAGAAGGGGACGACAGAGGACAAGAUGGUUGGAUAGUGUUCUUGAAGCUACCAGCAUGAGUUUGACCAAACUGCGGGAGGCAGUGGAAGACAGAAGUGCCUGGCGUGCUCUGGUCCAGGGGGUCACAAAGAGUCGGAAACUAGUAAACAACAACAACCACCUUUCUACCAAGGCACAUGAAGCGGUUUAUGUAGGAAGCCCCCAGCCCCCUAUUGUCUAGGAAUCAGCAGCUGCUGUUAAUUAAGGGUUAUUGUCAGCUCUGAUGUUAAGUAUCAGCUCUACUCUACUGUUUAAUAUAGUUAAUUGUAUUUGUUGCUUGAUUUUAUUUAUUGCCUUCCUCCUGCCAAUGUGGUUUGCAAUUUUAAAAAAUUGACUCAAGCAGAUGGUGCAGCACAUUCUUGAGUUUACUUCAGGCCACAGCUUUCUCGCUUGUGCCAUCCCAAUGGUUCCCUCUUUGUUGCAUUCUUCUUGUUUUAAAUUGAAUUUUACUAUGUCUUUGCCCAAUAAGACGACAGGCCAUUUAAAGUCUACAACACUUAACAAAUAUUAUGCAUGUGGCUUGUUAUUCAUAAGGAGCGUUGCCUAUUUACUGCCCGAUUCUACUCAAAAGCAAGCCCCUUUUGAAUUCACUAGGACCUUACUCCCAAGUAAAAUGUAUUUUCUGUUUUUUUCUGUUUUGUUUAAAGUGCUUUGCCUUUUUCUCUCUCUUUCUCCUCGGGCGCAUUUAAACUAACACAGGCAAAUCAGGAAGGCUUUUUGCUUUCCUCUUUUCCCCUCGGGAAUAUAUGGAGAACAAUUAAAAUCAAGGGUGAAGGACAGGGCCGGAUUUAGGUUUGAUGAGGCCCUAAGCUACUGACGGUAAUGGGGCCCUUUAUAUGUCCAGCUGUCCUUUGUCAACAACAAAUUGUUGCUGUUUUUUAUGUUGAAUAUAUGCUAUUUGGUAAUUUAUGGACGUAAUAGGUAUCUAAAGCCAUUUGCACGUAACAAAAUAUGUAUUUUAUCAAAGUAAUUGUUGAACUGAAAUACAAUUAAGAAGAAGUAUAUUAAUAGUGAAAUACAAUUAAGAAGUAUAUUAAUAGUGAAAUAAUUAUUAUGUAGGUUUUAUUUGUUUUUUAUUUUAUAUUUUGGAAGUGUACAUCCAAGUUUUUUCUACAGCUUGCUUGGCUUAUUCGUAGACCCGGCCCUGAUCCUGGCGACAGCCUUUCGCUUGCCUUUGUGCCACGGAACCCUCUGCGCGGGGCGCGGGCGGCGGGCGGGAGCCUGGGAGCGGCGCACGCCUUAGCAACCAAGGGCGCGCGGAGAGCGGGGGGGGGCGGGCCCGUUGCUGGGGAGGUCCGGCUGCCCCGCUUCCGUCCCGCGCCGUCUCCCUUCCCCGCGCGCCUGACGCCUUUGGUUCCGCCCGGGGCGCUUCGGGGCGGGAUGCUGCUGAGCCGCCGCGGGGUGGAGGAGCUCGGCAGGAGGGCGGCCAGGCGGCUCUUCCGGGCCGGAGGGGCGGCCAGGUCAGUCGGCGGGGGCGGGGGCACUGGAAGCAAGAUGCUGGUCUGGAUCCAGGAGGCCCCGCGGGGUUCAGGGGCAGCAUCCCGCUUCUGCUUCGUCGCCGCCGCCGCCGCUUUCUGCGUUUAUCUCCCGCCUUUCCCCGGCCCCGUCUCUCCCUCCUCAUUUAAUCCCCCGAGAGAAGGCCGCGACUGGCCUCCGAGGUCACCCGGGGAUCUUCAUGAUGGCCGAGUGGGGGAGUCCAAGUCAAGAAUAUCAGCAUUAUCUGAUUACCAAGUAUAGUUCCAGAUUUGCCAGGACUGUCAUGAGGGUUGUAUUGAAAAUGAUGGUUCCCUUUCAUAUGCAAUAAAGGAAUGUCAAAUCAUAUAAAAAGUGUCCUUGCCAAAAUCUCAAAUAAUGUGUAUCCCCCCCGCCCCCAGUUAUAGCUCUGCAGUCGUACCUUGGUUGUUGAAUGCCUUGGUACGCGUCCGUUUUGGCUCCCGAACACUGCAAACCCGGAAGUGAGUGUUCUGGUUUGUGAAUGUUCUUUGGAAGCCGGACAUCUGAUGUGGCUUCCGCGGCUUCCGACUGAGUGCAAGAAGCUCCUGCAGCCAAUCGGAAGCUGUGCCUUGGUCUUCAAACAUUUUUGGAAGUCGAACGGACUUCCAGAAUGGAUUCCAUUUGACGACCAAGGUACUGACUGUAUUCUGGAGUUCCAGUGUAAUAUUUUGGGCUGUUUGUUUACAGAUGUAUAUUGGGUUCACCCCUCUCUCUUUUCUUCUUAGGUAUAAAGUAAUGAAGAAUUGGGGAGUGAUUGGUGGGAUUGCAGCUGCUCUUGCUGCAAGCAUCUAUGUCUUAUGGGGCCCCAUCACAGAGAGAAAAAAACGCAGGAAAGGUAAAUGAAAGAGAGACUAGGGAGGAGUGAGUGGGGCAGGUGAGUUUGCACCUUGCAUCUCCUGAUCCCAACAAAAAGAGUCUCAUAUAAAUAUUGGGGUCUUCCUUGGCCACUGAAUCCCAACAGGAGAGCCCUUUUGUCUUUUUUGAAGGUGUGUUGUUGUGCUUAAAAUGGCCAGUGGUGGCCAUACAGAAAACUAAAACAUAACUGAGGCCCUGUCUGCAGGAUGAUUGUCUUAAAAUUAAAAACCUGAGGAAGGAAAGCAAAAUGGAAGAAGACAGCAGUUGGGACUAAACAGAGUGAACAAAUGCUUUUUGACACUCUAGAAUCAAAAGCAGGAAGAAAGACUGAUAUCAGGUGGAAGGGUUUCCAACUAAAACGGGGAUGGGGGAAACUGGACCUUCAGGUGUUGUUGCCAACUCCCAUCGUCCUGGCCACUGACCAUGCUGAUUGCAGUUGGAGACCAACAGCACCUAGAGGGCUGCAGAUGUUCCCCAUCCCUGAACUAUAGGAGGAUGCAGCUGAUACGUGCAGAAUGAUGGGAGUGUAAACUGCAGGGAUGGGGAACUUGAAGCCCUCCAAAGGUUUUUGUACUCCCAACUCCAAUCAACCCCAGCAAGCAUGGCCAGCACUCAGGGAUGAUGGGAGUUGGAGUCCAGCAACAUCUGGAGGGCUGCGGGUUCCCUUUGCUGGUAGAGAGAAAGAAGGGAAGAUUAAUAAAGAAGAGCAAGACCACAGAGAUGUUUGGAAGUAAGUCCAAGAAGUUUAAUUGGGAGCGGGAGGGCGGGGAGUGCAAAUGGAGGAAUAAGGUCAGAACAACAUGCAGAAAAAUUGUUCGUUUAUUAAAUUCAUUGGGAGCUUGUUUACCAAGAUAACUCAACACUACUUGCAAUGUAAUAAAGGAAACAUAUACAUUAAAACCAGCAUAAAAGAAAAACAAAGAAAAAUCUAAAAGACAAUCCUAUUUUUAAAAGGCAGGAUUAAAACAUUCCACCUACUCCAGGAGACCACAUAUAAUUAAGAGCCAAGGGGCUGGUGGAAAAGGAGUGUUUCUGUCUCCUGCCUAGAGCUGUGUGAUGAUGGUGUCAGGCGAGGCAUUCUGCAAAUGACAGGACAAGGAGCAGCAUUUAGGGCAGGGCAGAGCAGAGGUACUGGAGAGUAAAAGCAGGAAGGCUGUGUUCAGAAGGUUGCAGCAAUUGCAGUGAUGUAUUCCCCCCCCCCCCCCCAGGGCUAGUGCCAGGUCUUCUCAACCUGGGAAACACGUGCUUCAUGAACUCACUUCUCCAGGGGCUGUCUGCUUGUCCGUCCUUCAUCAAGUGGCUGGAAGGAUUCACAGUUCAGUACCAGGUCAGCCAGAGUGAGACGUCUGGGAAGUAUUUGUCCCUGACCUUGCUCCACCUCCUGAAAGGUAAAGGUCCUUUUGUGUUAUUUUGGGUGCAUAACACAAAGCAUAAAGCAAGCCACUUCUUUUCCUUUUAUCAAGCACAGUGGAACCUCAGUUGUCAAACACUUCAGAAGUCGAACGUUUUGACUUUUGAAUGCCGACAACCCGGAAGUGAAUGCUGCUGUUUUCGAACGCACCUUGGAAGUCAAAUGGCUUCCAAGGUGCAUUUCUCCAUUUUUAAUGGCUUUUGCUGACCUCCCAUUGUGCCUCAGUUGUCAAAUGUUGUGGAAGUUGAACGGUCUCCCAGAACGGAUUACGUUUGACAACCGAGGUUCCACUAUAUGUCUUAAUUUAAUUUGUUACAUAAGUAGAGAAAACAGUUGCAAACCUCAAAACAAGAAAACAGUGUUUAAAAAAGAACAAUAGACUAAAGGUAAACAGUACAGGGGACCUACAAAUACUUAGCAUCACAUACCUUAUGGGAAAAAGCACCUCCAAGCUAAGAUUGUAAAAUGAAGUACAAAUAUUAUAUGAGAUAUACAGUGGUACCUCGGGUUACAUACGCUUCAGGUUACAGACUCCGCUAACCCAGAAAUAGUGCUUCAGGGUUAAGAACUUUGCUUCAGGAUGAGAACAGAAAUCGUGCUCCGGUGGCGCGGCAGCAGCAGGAGGCCCCAUUAGCUGAAGUGGUGCUUCAGGUUAAGAACAGUUUCAGGUUAAGUACGGACCUGCAACUGUAAGGGCUCACAGGAUUAACUUUUGUUGCCUAUCUGAUAGUCCUCACAUCAUAGGAAUAUAAUUGUGUAUGGUCAUUCACAAGUAUCAAGAAUUUUUCCAAAACAGUCAAUAUGAACAACAAUUUCUGUCCAAACAGAAGACACCACAGGACAUCCCCACAAGAGGCAUUAUAAGUAUUACAUUACCAGCAUCUAUCUGAACUGCUCUGUUCUUUCCUAUAAAGGUGCUAUGGAGUCCAAAACAUCUCUCAUCAUAUUAGAACCCAGUAGUGUUAUCCCAUAAAGCUCAAUGCUGGAAGAUUCAGGACAGACAAAAGGAGAUGAUUCUCCACACAGUUAAACUUCUGGAAUUUGCUCCCACUGGUUGUAGUGAUGGCCACCAAAUUGCACAGCUUUAAAGGAGGAUUUGGCAAUUCAUGGAGGAUAAGGCUGUUAGUCAGGAAGACUGCUCUGCCUCCAGUCUUGGGUGGGGGCUGUGUGCCUCAAGUACUGGCUGUUGGGGAGCAUGAGUGGGGAGCAUGAGUGGGGAGAGGGCUGUUGUGCUGGUGUCCCACUUGGAGGCUUCCCAAAGGCCACUGUGGAAAGAAGAAUGCUGGGCAAGAUGGUUUUACUUAAUUCCGUUUACACAAGUGGAGAGAACGUUCUGUAGAAUAAGAGGAAUGUAUGUUUAGGAUGAGUGAAUUCAUUUCUGUGCGUGGUCUGCAUUGACUAUUUUGUGUUUGAUGCAUUCAGCUUUAUCCUGCCAAGAGGUGACUGAAGAUGACUUCCUGGAUGCUAGCUGCUUGUUGGAGGUCCUGAGGAUGUACAGGUGGCAGAUCUCCUCUUUCGAAGAGCAGGUAGCUACCCAAGUGGUGUAAGGCACCAGAGUAUGCUUCUCUGUUGCUGUUGUUUUCUACAGCCUUGACAUCUGGCACAUAACAAGCAAAAGCCAGCUGCUGGGGGACACGAGCGGGAGAGGACUAUUGCUCUCUCAUCUCUUACUUGCAGCCUUUCCAGAUACUUCCCAGAGGCAUUUGGUUGGUCACUGUCGGAAGGAGGUUGCUGGACGAGAUGGGCCUUUGGUCUGAUCCAGCAGGGCUCUUGUGUUACGUUAAAGAAUUGUGGCUUUGUUUACAGCAGACGUGGGGAGCCUGCUGCCCUCCAGAUUUUAGUGGAUCACAUCGCCCAUGAUGGCUGGGACUGAUGGGAGUUGGAAUCAGCAGCCCCUGGAGGGCCACUGGUUCUUCACCCUUGAUUUAUGGCAUUCCCAGUUUUAUUUUAACUGCUUUGCGCUGCCUUUUUAAGUGGGUGGGAAAAGGUCUGAAUACUCACUGCAAGGGUGGGGAACCUGUGGUCUGUGGUCUGAAUGCAGACCUUAAGACCCCCAUGUCUGGCCUUCAGGACUCUCCCCAGACCUCACCCCACUUCUGCCCUCCUCCACACACCCCUUGAGUACUUUUGAAACUUGCUGAAGGCUGUGUGAAAGCCAACCAUCCCCACUCGGUGCACAAAGGAGACUGCCUGCCCGCUGCAUCUCUGUCUGAGGCACAACUCUAGUGUUACCUUUUUUAAAAUUCUUCUCCUGCAUGCAGAUAUGUGGGAAGCCGCCUUAUAGUGAGUCAGACUAUUAGACCGCCCAGCUUUGCAUUGUUGUCUUGGACAAUCAGUGGUUCUCUGAGGUCAGAGGGAGGCCUUUCCCAGAUCUGCCACCACAGAUCCCUUUGAUGGGGGAUGGCAAGUGUGAAUCUGGGAACUUCUGCACACAAAUCUGCUCAGUAGACAUGAAAUAUAUUUGAAAAUUCAUGAGAUUUUCCCCCAACCUGCUGUGAAGGAACCCUGGCCUCUUGAUCUUCCAUGUUGCCUUGCUGAAGGUCCAUCUAAAAAUGCAAGCCGAAUUUUCAGGAUUCAAUUUUUUUCUUGGGAGCUGCAAAAAUGUACCUCAAGGGCAACAUACAUUCUCCCCUGUUGUCUACUUUUCUGGUGAGCUUGGCCUGGCAUUCUGAGCUUUCUGGUGCUCUUUCGGUAGGAUGCUCACGAGCUGUUCCAUGUCCUCACCUCCUCGCUGGAAGAUGAAUGGGACCGCCAGCUGCGGGUCGUGCAUCUGUUUGAUGUGCAUUCUCUGGAGGUGAGCACUCAGGAGACACGGGGGCUGCAAAGCAACCUUUCCUAUAGGCAAGGUUGCAGCAUUUGGGACUUUUCAUCUAGAGAAAAGGUGAGUAAGAGGUGACAUGGAAGUUUAUAAAAUUAGUUGGAGGCAGCAAGGCUUCUGAAUACCAGUUGCUGGAAACCACAGAAGGGGAGAGGACUCUUGUGCUCCUUUGGGUUUUCCAAAAGAGGCAUCUGGUUGGCCGCUGUGAGAACAAGAUGUUGGACUAGGUGAGCCUCCAUUGGCCUGAUCCAGCAGGCUCCUAUUAUGUUCUUAUAAUUUGGUGGGCUGCCCAGCUGAAGAGACCUACGUAAGAUUCUGCUUUUAAGCUGUUUUUUCAAAGUUGUGCUUCCCUGUACUGCCCGGAGUGGUAUUCAGCCAAGUAUAAUUCCGAAUGGACUCACUGAAGUUAAUUAACAUUAGGCCCAUCAGUGUCAAGGAUCUACUCUUGAGUAUAACUGAGUUGGAUACCACCCUUGUCACUUAAGUGUGCAAUAGUAAAGAUAUCACCAUGUGGAAAGGGUUUUCUUUUUUAAAACUAACUUUAUUUUGUAUUUGUCUGUAUAGAAGCCAGAAAUUCUACAAAAGCAAAUAUGCUCCAGGACAAGAGGUAAACACACUUUUCUGAUUUGGUGAAAUGUAGCAGAUACUGUUUGUACUACUGAUAUAAAAACCCAAACUCCUUUGGGCUAUGGCCUGAUUUUGUUGUCUGCAUGGGGCGACUGUGACAGGAGCUGAAAGAGUGUCUGGCUAUUGGAAUCACUCUUUAACCUUGUCUAAUGACAUUAUUAAAUUUGUGUAGCACCCUUCAUUCGCAGAUCUCAGUGUGCUUCACAACAUAAAAUUGCAAUAUAAAAACCACAAAAUACUUAGUAAAAAUAAGAACAACAAACCAAUACACGCCCCCCAAACACAUUUAAAAGGGCAUCGCAUGUCUAUUGGCCAAAGGCCUUGUUGAAGAGGAACGUUUUUGCCCGGCACCUAAAGUCUUUAAACUAGCCUAAUGGUUUCCCUAUGGUGCUAUUGCGGUCUUCCCUAUCCUGGUGUUUCCAGAUACAAGAUUAUCAGGAGGGCACCAGUCACAGUGUCUGGCAAAACAAUAGAAGAGUCAGACGGAACAACCUUUAUUUUGGUUUGUAGGGCCUCCUCCUCCUGUGUUGAGUCACUGGAAGCUGCAGCAUCCUUUUCAUGGCAGGUUAACGAGCAACAUGGUCUGCAAGCAUUGCAAACACCAGGUCCGUAAGUCUGUGUGAGAGAAAGAGGCAUACAGAUUGCAGGAAAUCAAUGGGCGGGUGGAGCUGAGACCCAGGGAGGACCGAGUCACUUCCCAUGUAGAUGGGCUGAAGAGGAGCUGCCAAGGGGGUGACCCUCUGCUCCCCACAACUGAGACUAUUCUUUGGGGGGUGUUAUUGCUUCCAGGAUGGGCAGCCUGCUUUGAAGAGUUGUUGUCCUUGGUAGUGCUUUAGUGCAGGAGAGGGGAGCCUCUUUAAAUGUCGGGUGGGGUUGGUGGGGCACAUUCCAGUGGUGGGAAGGGGUAGAGGGUAAGGUUGGCGGAGUUGUGUAUGUGACUCUGCUCUUUCAUACGGCAGGGUUCAUUUCCAAAGGGUUUCAUAGACCUCCCCCCAUCUCUUUAUUAUCUGCCCAGGCAGGCAAAGAGCAUCAUCGUGAAAGUUGGGGGGAGCGAGAAGUAAGGUGUUUACGUUAUAAAUCCUCGUUGAGACAUUUGGGCUCUUUUUCUUUCAGAGUCCCCUCAGAUACGACACUUUUGACAGCCUUUCCCUGAGCAUCCCUGCCACCAUGUGGGUAAGGCACCCUCCUGUGGGAAUCCCUUGCAGCUGCCCAAGCACAGCCCUUUUCUGACUCACGGGGUUUAAGGACGUGUGCCAACACUUCCUGUUUUACUCCCCCACCCCUCCUCCACAGGGCCACCCACUGACCCUGGACCAGUGCCUCCACCACUUCAUCUCCACCGAGUCAGUCAAGGACGUCUUGUGUGACAAUUGCACAAAAGUAAGUCUCUUGAUUGCAGUGACCCCCUCCCCUGGUGCAUUUGGUGCAGAUUAAUUGCCCCUUGAUACAUCUGAAAGAUGCUUUUAUUUCCUAGGUACUCCAUUCUCUUCCUGGUCCUCUUGUGGGCUUAGAAACAGGAUGGUUGGGGUUUUUUGUGUUUCUGGCUGAUGUUGUGGAUCUUGAAGUUGCAGAAGAUGCUGCGCCCCAUUCAUGGUUUUUGUGGGGAGCCUUUUCUGUUGCAGGGACUAUGACCCACCUGCGGCUCUUAGAAUGGCUGACAACCCUUCCAUGGUCUUACUCUAGGCACCAUCCUGGUUUUUCGAUGUGGGUAAGCUGCCCAUGGUUCGAAAGACCAGCUUAAAGGAUUCUCCCCCACCUCCAAAUAAAGCUUAAAAUGCAAAAUUUGCAGUGCUUGUGAAUUAUGCCAUCUGCUUCAGGACUGCUAUACCUGGAUACAUCAAAUGUAGUACAUUUAGUAAGUAGUACAGUAUGAUCGCAUCUUGCACAGGGAAGGUGCAUGUAUGCCAAAACAUGUAUACUCAAACCUCCCCUGUGCAACCAUCCUUAUUUUAUGGAGCUGGUGUACCAGGCAGGACUCCCACCCACCCCCAAACAGAACCUGGGCUCUGCAAUGCUCUUGCGAGAGCUUGCAAAAACUUGGGCAGCCCCAUGAGAUGUUGCAAGAGCAUCCCAGAGCCUGCACACUGAGCAGGACUUGCCUGAUAAGCAAGGCAGAGAGCUUCAAAGCUCUUGAUGAGCUGGGAAAACCCAGCACAAAGGGCCUUUUAAGCUCUCUGCCUUGUGUGCAAUUUAUUUGCGCAACUUCAGCUGGCCAGCUUUCAACUGCACAAGGUUGAAAUUGCGCAAGUUAAUUACAGGUAAAAUGUGAUCAUACUAUAGAUUUCUCAGAGUGGUCUGUGCCUGUACCAUACGUGGUUGGUUUAUAAUUCAUUUUGGCUUCCUCCACCCACCCACCCCCAGAUUCAGGCCGAAGAAGGGACUGGGCAAAUCAUGGAGAACCAGAGAACAACAUUUGUCAAACAGCUAAAACUGGGGAAGGUAAGAAAACCGUCUUAGCAUGGAGUUUCCAAGAUCACCAUAAGAGCAGUUUCUUAUUUUCUUUACCAAGAAUCAAAAUAAUGUAUGCAAACUACACCAAAUUAGCAAAAUGCUGUCAAUAAAUUCAGCCUGCUGCAAUAUCACACUUUAUGCAGCUUGCCUUUUAAAAUAUAAGAGGGGAAAAAGAAAAGAAAUAAAAUGUUCCCCCUUCUUUGUUUACCAAAUAAGAUUCUCAACUUACUAAGUCAGUUCAAGUUUGAAUUUCAAAUCAUUAUAACAUAAUAAUAUAUAAUAAUAAUAAUAAUAAUAAUAAUAAUAAUAAUAAUAAUAAUUUAUACCCCGCCCAUCUGGCUGGGUAUCCCCAGCCACUCUGGGCGGCUCCCUAUCAAAUAUUAAAAACACAAUAUAGCAUUAAACAUUAAAAACAUCCCUAAACAGGACUGCCUUCAAAUGUUUUUUAAAAGUAGGAUAGUUGCUUAUUUCCUUGACAUCAGAUGGGAGGGCGUUCCACAGGGCAGGGGCCACUAUCGAGAAGGCCCUCUGCCUGGUUCCCUGUAACCUCACAUCUUGCAGUGAAGGAACUUCCUGAAGUCCCUCGGAGCUAGACCUCAGUGUCCGGGCUGAACGAUAGGGGUGGAGACACUCCUUCAGGUAUACAGGACCAAGGCUGUUCAGGGCUUUAAAGGUCAGCACCAACACUUUGAACUGUGCUCGGAAAUGUACUGGGAGCCAAUGCAGGUCUCUCAGGACCGGUUUUAUAUGGUCCUGGCGGCCACUCCCAGUCACCAGUCUAGCUGCCACAUUCUGGAUUAAUUGCAGUUUCCGAGCCACCUUCAAAGAUAGCCCCACGUAGAGCGCAUUGCAGUAGUCCAAGCAGGAGAUAACUAGAGCAUGCACCACUCUGGCAAGAUAGUUAGUGGGCAGGGAGGGUCUCAGCCUGCAUACCAGAUGGAGCUGGUAGACAGCUGCCCUGGACACAGAAUUGACCUGCACCUCCAUGGACACAGAAUUGACCUGCACCUCCAAUGACUCCCAGGCUGUGCACCUGGUCCUUCAGGGGCACAGUUACCCCAUUCAAGACCAGGGAGUACCCCACACCUGCCUGCCCCCGUCCCCCAAAAACAGUACUUCUGUCUUGUCAGUAUUCAACCUCAAUCUGUUAGCCGCCAUCCAUCCUCCAACCGCCUCCAGGCACUCACACAGGACCUUCACCACCUUCACUAGUUCCGAUUUGAAAGAGAGGUAGAGCUGGGUAUCAUCUCCAUACUGAUGAACACCCAGCCGAAACCCCCUGAUGAUCUCUCCCAGCAGCUUCAUGAAGAUGUUAAAAAGCAUGGGGGAUAGGGCGGAACCCUGAGGCACCCCACAAGUGAGAGUCCAGGGGUCUGAACACUCAUCCCCGAAUACCACUUUCUGGACACGGCCCAGCAUAAAGGAGUGGAACCACUGUAUGGCAAUGCCCCCAGCUCCCAGCCCCUCAAGACGGCCCAGAAGGAUCUUAUGGUCGAUGGUAUCAAAGGCCACUGAGAGAUCCAGCAGAUGAAUAAAUAAAUGUACAGUGGUACCUCGGGUUAAGUAUUUAAUUCAUGCUGGAGGUCCGUUCUUAACCUGAAACUGUUCUUAACCUGAAGUACCACUUUAGCUAAUGGGGCCUCCCGCUGCUGCUGCGCCGCUGGAGCAUGAUUUCUGUUCUCAUCCUGAAGCAAAAUUCUUAACCCGAGGUAAUAUUUCUGGGUUAGUGGUGUCUGUAACCUGAAGCGUAUGUAACCCGAGGUACCACUGUAAUCUUAAAUGCUUCGGCAAUGCAUAUAUUUGUAUGUAUUAAUAUGGGCUACUAGUUGAAGAACUAAACAACUAGUCUUAAGUUUGGUGGUUUUGGAAACCUAUAGAAUUAUUUGUUUUUCAAACACAUCUGUAGUGCGUAACAGUGGUUUCUGUGGGCCUCCUCACCUGUGUGAGAAGCGAUGGAUAGCCAAAGGAACAUAACCUGCCUUUGGGCUUUGUGCGAAAACCAACUUUCUGCUUGUGGUGCUUAGACUCCUAAUUUCUGAUUACAUUUGUGCACAUACGUCGACUUGCACACCAUUCAUUCCAUGUCUGGAAAAUUAGAAAUACUGGUGGAUUUUGAAUAAAGCUUUUAAAGAGCGAUUCAGUUUGGCAUGGUUGGUGUUUCAUUGGGUGGGAAGACCUUGCUUCAAACCCCUAGGCAGCUAUGGCGGCCUACCAUGCAAGAUAGUUGUGGAGAAAAUGGGGUAGUUCAUGUAUUCCGGAAACUAAGGAGGCAGAAGAUUUGGCAGUUGUAGUCCAAAGCAUCUAGAGAGCACAAGGUUGACGAAGGCAACAAUCAAGCCUUCUGUGGCUUCUGUGCUGGAAACCCUCUGCCUCUAUGGCGUAACUAGGACAGCCACCUUCCCACCCCUUUCUUACAUUUUGCUCCACAGCUACCUCAGUGUCUCUGUAUCCACCUACAAAGGCUGAGCUGGUCCAACCAUGGCAUGCCCCUGAAACGAAACGAGCAUGUGCAGUUUGGCGAGUUCCUCAUCAUGGAUGUCUACAAGCACCGCUUCCCUGCCCAGAAACCCAACCCUGCAGGCAGCCCACAGGCAUCACCGGACCCAAAAGCCGGUAGGCAAGCAAAGUGAAUGAGGACUUGGAAGGGAGAGAGCCAGCAGGGGAGUUAGUCCUUGUGCUAAGCCAGCUCAUUCCAGAAGCUAAGAGGUGAAGGACUGUGGAGGACUGUGGGUCAAUAUGAUUGGCCCACCCUGGGCUCCUUAUCAUAGAAUUGGAAGAGACCCUGAGGGUCAUCUAGUCCAACCCCCUGCAGAUGGCCAUCCAACCUCUGCUGAGGGAGGUCGUCCACUGUGAGAAGAGGGUGCUGGGCUAGAUGGGCCACUGGCCUGAUCCAGCAGGCUCUUCCUAUACAUAGGACCACGUCAACAAGGCUGCACCCAUCUGCCCUCCACCAGAUGUGGCAUCUAACCUCAGCUAUGGGGCAGGUCAAGGCGUACAUGUGUGUUUAUAUUGGAAUUGACAAUUGGGCUGGCCAGCCAGAUCUAGCUUUAUGCCAGUCUCAGAUAUGAAAAGGUUUAAUGUCCACCUCCAUGUGGCUUGCCUGGGAAAGAUGUGUGGACAAGAUUCUCUUCCAGCUAGAACUAAGAGGGCUUGUGUGGGGCCCAUUUCUGGCCCUGCUCUGUGUCUGGAGGGAAUGUGAUCUUGCCUGGACAGAGAGGGCUAUGUGUAGAAACCUAACUUUUCCAUGGCUGGAAUGGAGCCAACUGUGCAAAGGUAAAGGAACAUCUGUUGCUGCACUCCCUUUCCCAUCUGCUCUCCGCAUUGCUAGCAAGCAGAAGGGAAUGUGGCCCUCUGGCUAAAGGGUUGCCACCCCUGGUUUAAAGCCACCUUGCAGCUCAGUCCAGAAAAGCAGUUUGUACCCCCACAGAAGGAUCAGUUUCCCUGCCUAGUUGCCUGGAGGCAAUUCUUCGUCGCCAUAGGAAAGCAGCCAUGUAGCUGUUUACAAACCAACUUUCAGAGUUUUAAAUAAAGGACACCGUACAAACCAGGCACAGGAGCAUCCCCUUCUGUAAUAAGCAAGCAACCAGUUUUAAUAAUAACAGCGAUGCACUAUGAUUUUGGGGUCUUUUUGUAGAUGUGGAACAGGCGGGCAACAACAAAUCCUCUUUUAUGAAUGGUACCUGCUCUCCAUCCUUCCUUACGUCCCCAGUAGCUUUCCCGUACAUGACAGCACCUGACUGUAGGUAAGUAAGAACAUUUGAAACUACUUCUAACUUUUCCCGGAGUGACCAGUAAAUCUCCAGAGUCGUUCUAAUGUUCCAUCAUGCCACUGAUAUUUUCUGUUGGCUGUCUGGGUCUCCCGUAUCAAAAGUGCAGUGAAAUCCUGACCUAUUCAGGCCCAGCACACGUUUGCCCGCUUGGUUUAUCUCAAGUCUGGAUGCUGCUACAGGAGCAUGGAAAGCAAUUUGCAAAUGGAGCCGUUGCUGCUUAACAAGGCUGGAUCCCCUAGUAGUCCACUCCGUAGAAUGCUCUUGCUCAUGGCAAUACAAAGGGCACCAUUGCUGCCUUGGACUAAACCAGCCUUCCUGUGUUUUUCCUUCAUUUGGCAGUUCUCCAUCAUAUCUGUACCGCCUGAUGGCCGUUGUGGUCCACCAUGGGGACAUGCACUCAGGACACUUUGUCACGUAUCGCCGAUCUCCACCGACUUGCAAAAGCAUGCCAGCCACCAGCAACCAGUGGUUGUGGAUUUCAGAUGAUGUGGUGCACAAGACCACGUUGCAGGAAGUCCUUUCGUCCAGCGCCUAUUUACUCUUUUACGAACGUGUCCACUCUAGAUGGCAGCGCCAAAGCCAGGAGCAUCGAGCUGAGGAGUGAAAUGAAUGCAGAUCCAGCUGGUGUGCUUUUCUGAGGACAAUGGCACACCCUCUGUCUUGCCAUGCAAACGUCUUCCCCUACCUAUAAACUCCUGGUCAGUGGUCUGUGUUUGCGUGGCAGGAACAAGCACUUUGUAUCAAAACAUUGUGCCCUCCCCUCACCCCCUGUGGCCAUGCACAGCAGCAUUAGAAAAGUGUGUUUUAAGUGUUAAUAAUCUUCUCAGCAGACUUAAAGACCUUCUAGCAUCCCACUUCCUGUGUUGUGAUGGAAUUUCUUUGUGCUAAUCAGUCAGAUGAGCAGUUGCAAAGAAGAGAACCUACAAGUGCCUUGAUCGUAUUUUGAAUCCAGACAAAACUGGCUGUGUCAAGCGGGUGGACGGGGGACUUACCACGUGGCUGCUUACCUAAAAUUCCCAAGGGGGAGCAGGCGGUGGUGUGAGAAUGCGUGACUUGGCUGUGUAGCUGGGAAUCUACUGCUGACUCUUCAUGGGGCAGCCUCAAGUAUGUGUGUGCAAGAGAAAAGCAGAAAGUGUCCAGUUUCUUUCUGCCUUCAGUGAUGUUUUAAUGACUUUGUCAAAACGAUGAUGCAAUGAGCUGAUAAUUAUGUCCCAUUUUCUCUUGAGAGUCCAGCUUGGCAAGGAAUGGAACAGCUUUUCCUGUUUCUGGGUGGUUCUAUCACCAUCCCAGGAAAAACCCUCCUCAGUGUCUUGAUUUGAAGUCUUCAAACUUUUGUACAGAAUAAACCUGUUUCUGCCAAAUGUAGACUGCUGUUUUUGCUUAAACAGUUUUGUGUUGGUAUAAGUGAAAACCUGUUCAUGUCUAUGUGAACUGGUCUUGUUGCUGCAUAAAACUAGUUUAAAAGGACCCUGGCUUGGUACUAAUAAACACAGGUGUGUCACGCACCCUAAAGAGAACACCCCAGUGUUGACAACUGCGAUGGUUAUUAUUCUCUGCCCUUAUGCUACCCUGCAUCCCUGGCCUUAGCACCUGUAGUGG